CUAGGUACCUAUCCAACCAUUCAUCUACGGCGCAUGUCAGCCUUCAGUGGAAGGGAGCUGGAAGGAGCAGAACAAGGUUUGCAAAAUGCGAAAGAGCUGAAGAAGAGGUCAAAGAUAAGGUAGCUGCUCUUGCUUCACUAGGGCUUCACUCUUGCAUUGCUUUGGCGGCAGCUAUGGUUGCCAGCCUGCGCUGGCAAAUCUUAUGCAUGUACCGGCAGAUGGAGAACACCUCAGACCUGGUUGAAGCAUUGCGGAAGCUUGGGGGGGGGAGCAUCUCUCGCAGAGUGCAGCAAUAUCUGCUGGAAAAGGUGGUGCAAGAUGAGGUUGUCAAGAGGUGUCCUCCUGAAGUAACAUACACCGCACGCCUCCUGAAGCUGGUAAUCUUGGGGGCAGAAUCUGAUGCGCUAAGGAGGCGUGGAGCGGACAGCGAUGAUGAAGAGGAGCCAGUGCUUGAGGAGACAUAUGCAGAGCAUGCAAAGUACAUGGAGGCUGUGUCCCGACUGGAGCAUGACGACUCUCUGGAUGCGAAGUGGUGCUACCGGACUUAUGCGUACGCGACUCCCACUGCAAAUCUUGAAGGUCUAUUGCAUCAACCAAGAUUUUCAAACGGGUCAACAAUAGCUGAGCGCGCCAGAGCUUCCGAUGGUACCCAGGAAGUUGCCGAGCAAGCAAGGGUCGCUUCGUCUGUUUCCCGAGCAGCCUCCAAGAAAACGUCACCUUCGAUGGACCCCUCAACAUUAGAAGCAGAUGACGGAACCCUCUCCGGAGAAUCGACAAACCCAGCGUUAACCCAACUUGUUACGGUCCGGGUUUCUCUUAACCUCUUUGAGGGCGGCACGGGCUGCACCACAUGGUCUGCUGGCUUCUACCUGGCUGAGUUUGCGCUAACCCAUCCCGAAACCUUCGCCGGAAAACGAGUCCUUGAGCUGGGAGCCGGGGCCGGGGUUCUCGGCGUGGUAAUUUCCAGGUUACCGGGGGUUAGCGACCUUGUUCUCACUGACGGGAACGAGGAGACGUUAGAGAAUCUACGGGGAAACCUCAGCCUAAACGAAGUGGAAACGAGUACAGAAAAAUCGGACGUGGUGAGAAGCUCGAAACGGCCAGAUACCAGCGGACACUUAUAUUCCAUACCGCCGUCCGAUUCCAGGGGCCAUCCACAUGCGAGCGGCAGUCCGAAACCCCCGGAAUCUCCGGGGUCGAGCGCGCAUCCGGAUCCCGUUGGAUCUCUCGAGUCCCCCACAAGUUCUGGCUGCACUGGGUCUUCAGGAUCCCGCGGGCGUCCGCUUUCUGCUGAGCGUACGGAUGGCAACAGUGCGGACGCACAGGGGGUUCUGAGAAUUUGGAGCGAGUUCCUGGAUUGGGAAGACGUGUCGGAGCUGCAAUUGCGGGAGUAUAACGCUGACGUGAUAUUGGGAGCAGACGUCUUGUACGAUCCAGGGGUCAUACCGGACCUGGUCCGGAUUCUGCUUGUCACGCUAGUGGCGCGUGGCAGCAGCUUAGGAGCUACCUUACCAACCUCUACGGUCGUAAAUGAUGUUCCAGAGUCUGCAAGCGACAGGAGCGGGAAGGUUGCAUAUAUUGCAACUGCAAUCAGGAAUGUAAGCACGCUGGAAAGAUUUGUUCUGGCAGUCAAAGCAGCGGGUUUAUCGAUUGAACUGGUUGCUCAACAGGAGGAAGACUGCUUUCAGUAUUGCCGCUGGAUGAAGCGAGAACAGAUUCGUCUCCAUCGGAUCACCUGCGAAAACUGAGACGUGGUUAUCGAACUGAACGCGCGGCGUUUUGAUGCGAUCAGGGAUCCUGUCGAAGUCUUAAUUGGGUCAAUCAUUUCUCAUGUUCAAUUAUGUUCUCAGCCCGAGUGGAUCAACCGGACAAUCAACGAUGAGUGCGGCUAUCAUAAAGUUGACAGUUCAGUUAAGCCUGCAGCUACAAUUUCUUUCUGUCUUUGCUACCCUUCUAUCAUGGCAC